AGGGCUGACGCUGGCUGGAGCUUGCCUUGCCCGCCCCAUGGAUGCGGUAUCGACAACACAAACCCCCAACGCCGCCGCCAACCGCCAACCGCCGCCAACCGCGCCCGAUCUCCACGAAGCACCAACGAACAAGGCCUGCCUGUCGGACCGUCUGUCUAAUCGCUUUUGUGGGAGUUUCCACUUCCGCCCGCACAUACACAAGACACAAUGACCUCGAUAGGGACGGGCUAUGACCUGGCAAACUCCAUCUUCUCCCCGGACGGCCGCAACUUCCAGGUCGAGUACGCCGUCAAGGCCGUCGAGAAUGCCGGCACGUCGGUAGGCAUCCGGUGCAAGGACGGCAUCGUGCUGGCCGUCGAGAAGGUCGUCACGUCCAAGCUGCUCAAGCCCGGCGCCAACAAGCGCAUCGCCACUGUCGACAGGCAUGUUGGAGUUGCCUACUCUGGCAUGGUCCCCGACGGCCGCCACUUCGUCGACCGCGCCCGCGACGAGGCCCGCUCGUGGCGCGACAACUUCAAGGCCCCCAUCGGCACCGCCGAGCUGGCCGGCCGCAUGGGCGGCUACCUGCAGGCCUACACGCUGUACCAGUCGGUGCGGCCCUUCGGCAUCACCGCCAUCGUCGGCGGCUGGGACUCGUCGCUCGAGCUGCCCGUCGACGGCGAGGUUGGCGCCGGGCCCUCGGUCGGCGCCGGCGGCAAGGCCGCGGGCAAGAAGCACGGCGGCGCCCGCCUGUACAUGAUCGAGCCCUCGGGCCUCUACUGGGGCUACUACGGCGCCGCCACGGGCAAGGGCCGCCAGGCGGCCAAGGCGGAGCUCGAGAAGCUCGACCUGGCCGGCGAGGGCAUCUCGCUCCUCGACGCCGUCAAGGAGGCCGCCCGCAUCAUCUACGUGGCCCACGACGACAACAAGGACAAGGAGUUCGAGCUCGAGAUGACGUGGAUCAGCGACGAGGACGGCCCCACAAAGGGCCGCCACGAAGAGGUGCCCAAGAAGCUGCUCCAGGAGGCCGAGAGGUUGGCCAAGAAGUCGCUCGAGGAUGAUGAUGAUGAGGACGAGAAGAAGGACGACGACAAGAUGGAGGACUGAGCGGGUGUUUUUUCCGCUCGUGGUGGCAAGCGGCUGCACUCGAGGGUUGCUGGUCAGAAGGGGAUUACUAGAGGCUACCUAAACAGCUGAUAUAUGCCAACCUGACAAGACCUUUGUAUCUCGACAUGAAAAAGAAAAAGAGAUUAUUGAAGAUGA